UCUUUCCCCGGAAGUGACGACACCAAGCGGCUAGUCCAAUCGUGCCUGAGCGUGUGUGAAGCCUUGGAGUUCCCUGUAUGGCACUGGCAUGGUAGCGGGGCUGAGGUGCCGGUGUCAGUGAGCGGCGGACAUGUCCGUGCUGUACGUGCUGACCUGGCGCCUCCUGCACCUGCUGCUCGGCGUCCAGCGGGCACUGCUGGCAUGGCUCCGACUGUGGCACUGGAGAGUGUGGCGUGCAGCCGGUGCCCUCCUCUUGCCCCCUGAUAUCGCCUACCAAGAGCGGGGGCCUCUGGUUGACUGUAAGUUCCCCCGGCGCGAGGCCCAGUGCCAGUGUGUGCGCUGUGACUGUGCCAACCUGCAGCGGGACCGGGCACAGCUCAGCAAGGUGCCCCUACACAUCGGACUGCUGAUCAGCGAGGAGCACGAGAGCUACACGGACGUGGCCAGCCUGGUGCUGUGGUGCAUGGCACUGGGCAUCUCCUAUGUCAGCGUCUAUGACCCGCAAGGGAUCUUCAAGCAAAACAGCUCCCGACUUCUGGAUGAAGUACUGAAGCAGCAGAAGGAGGAGCGCUCCCCGUAUCCACUCAAAUAUGCGAAUGGCAGCACCGACAGGACGGAUAAAGCUUUUCUCCAUUUGCCUGUGCUAAAGGUGCUGUCUCCAGAGGACGGGAAGCCAAACAUGGUGAAAGCUGCACAGAAUUUUUGUCAACUAGUAGCAGACGGACAGAAGACACCGGCAGACUUGGAUGUAGAUGCCUUCGACCACCUUUUAAGAAGUACACACAACUUUCCAGACCCUGAUCUAAUAUUAAAAUUUGGCUCUACCAGUAGCACAUUAGGUUUUCUGCCAUGGCAUAUAAGACUUUCAGAAAUUAUUUGUCUACCAUCCCAUGUUAAUAUCCAAUAUGAAGACUUUUUCCAUGCUCUCCGUUGCUACGCGGGCUGUGAGCAGCGGCUUGGGAAGUGACCUCUCUUUCUCUUGGGCCGGUUCAAGCUUCCUCUAAAAGGGACUCAAUGCAUCUGUUUACAAGCAAUCUGUGAUUCAGUCAGUCCAUUUGCCAUAGACCUGGUUAUAAUGGUGUCUCUAUAGCGCAAAGUGUUCACAGCUCUUCUGGAAGAGGAUCUGUAAAGAUGACCGAGUCAUGGACAGUGGUGCUGCUGCUGCGAUGCUGUUUAGGAGUCUACUGUUCACCCUGCUCAUCAACCUGACGUGCCAGUAGAAUAUCCAGUAUGGGGUGCAUUAUUGGUGACCACCUGGGUCAUCAUCCGUCCAGCUGCUGUCGUGGUAUGGACAGAAUUGCGGAUGCGCAUUGUACAGGGGCUGCGUUUAGUUCACCUCCGUAAUAACAGGAUAUUCUGUGUUCUGCAGCACCAAGUCUAUCUCGUGUGAGAGAUUUUCCUAACCUUCUCAUCAAGUAUAUUCAAAUAGAAAAUUAUACAAGCAAAUCCCAGGUCAAAUAUAUUAACUACUACAGGUACUGAGAACUUGAAUAGGUCUUCUAAGAAUUUGCACUGAAAUUACAUGUCAGCACACAUUGUAUUAUUUAGUUGUUAAUAUAUUCCAGAUUUCUUUUUUUUUUUUAAGUAAGGGUUUUUAAAAAGAACUUACCGGCUUGAUAUAUAUGGAUCAUCUUACCCAUGUAUUCUAGAGCAAAACUCUUUAUAUUUAUUUUGAGAAUUAAAGGGAGUCCUUAAAAACCUUUUUUCAGGGUAAGCAUACCACCAUGUAGGGUGGGGCGCCCCCGAAUCAUGACCAUACCAUUCUUGUGAAAAUCCAGUCCUGUAAUCCUGGGAAAUGCAUGGUAUUUCUAUGCAAAUUAGCUAUCCAGUGCAUCAUGAACAGGGCUGACGCUGCCCAAUCCUUAGGCAGGUGCACAUUAUGGAGCAGCCCUGCCCACGGUGCACUUUUAAACCGUAUUUGCAUAAUAAUCAAAAUAAACAUUUCCCAGGAUUAGAGGACCAGAAGGUGAGGUGUGGUUAUAUUUUGUGGCACCUACCCUACAUUGCGGUAUGCUUAUUUUGAAUCUGAGUUUGGAGGUGACAAGCUCCUUUGUAAUAAUUAGUCCGAUGCUGUUGUUCUGAUACACGAUCCUUAAAAAACCAAAACGGGAAAGGAGACAGAAUAUAUCCUGCCAUGGUGUCCAGUCUCCAGCCGUGGAGCAUUACCAACCUGGGUAAGACUGAGACUUCCUUAUGCCAAUUGCAGGGCAUGAGGGCUGGUUGCAUGACUCUGUGGCGUUCUUUAAGUCCUGGUGUCAUGCACUUCCCUUUCAGGCCCUGCACUUGGUAUAACACAAUUGUGACUAAGUGAUAAAAAAAAUCAUCCUGCUGCGCCUCUUCUGCUGGCGCUUCAUCUAAAAAUAUGCACUGCCAACACAUGAACUGAAUCUGGGAGACACAUCCAGAUCUGCAUAUGUUGCCUCCAGCCAGUGACUCUUUGCUGUACAAUAGCCUGAACAUAUUCAAGCACUGCCUUGAACAGAGUAGGACCAAAGUAUUUAUUACCACACUAAGGUUAUAUUGGCAAACUAUAGUUUUCACCAGUGACUUGGCUCUAUCUUGUAAUUCAGACAUACUGCUGGUAUUUAUUAGGUUUCAUUUAUUUGGUGUUGGCUGCCAUGUAAUAUGUUCCUCAAGCGCUAUAUUUAAGAGAGAACUCUUCCUGUAGUAGACCCCACUUGUUUCCGCAAUCAUUACGUUGUAUCUUCCAGAGUUGGUUGUUCUGUUGCUAUGGAGUAUGCCAAGAUGCAGUACCCUUUUUGAAAAAUAUCGUAUGGUGA